AUGAAAUAUUUUUGCCCUCUCUCUCGACUGAGGAAAUACUGCAAAUUUCAAACAGUCGCUUUGGGAAAAAUCCAACCGGCGCCUCACCGGAGGAGAGAUGUCUUAUACGAAGGAGCAGCUCCUUACUCGUUUACAGGAGCUUCAAAUAGGUUUCUCCCAAUACGAGCAUCCUGUUGUAUUGACAGUGGAAGCUCAGAUAGUCAUAGAUGCUAAGUUGCUUGUUCUUGCUUAUUCAUCUCAAAGUACUCAAUGUUGGCACCCUGUUAUAAGGAGGACAAGAAACAAAAGAUACUAUAUCGUUUCUGCUUUGGCGGACACAGAGGUAGAUUUGAAAGUUCUUUCUCAGAGACUCGGUCUGGGAAAAGGAGGUGUAAGAAUGGCUCCAGAAGAGGCGCUCUCAGAGAUUCUUCAUGUACCCCUAUGUUGUGUUACUCCCUUUGCACUUGUGAAUGAAUCAGCAAGGCAUGUGUCUUUGUUGUUAGAUAAAGGAUUUAAAAGUCAAGAAUGCUGUUUCUUCCAUCCGUUGUCAAAUGACAUGUCAAUUGCUCUUAAUGCUCAUGAUCUUGACAAGUUUCUGAAUUCAAUUGGAAAAACUCCUGCCUAUGUUGAUCUGGAGGCUACCCCUACUGUAGGGAAAGACCAACCUCCAGAUCUAGCUAGUCUUGUCCCAUCUGAUGCAUUGGUCUCAGCUAAUCCUCCAGUAGCACAGGAAUCUUCUAAAGGUCUGGAGAAAAAUCACACCUCUGCAGAUAAGCAACCAGUAAUUGGUGCAGAUAAUAUUCAAGAACAUGGCAUAUACAGAAGGCUUCAAAGCGGGCAUUCAUCAUCAGCCAAAGAGAAUACCCAUUUCCACGUGGGCGAAGUGGCCGAUAUCUGGAGCGGAAUGGCCACAUGUCUGCCAGCCGCCUCAGCCGCGGGCACCUCCUGUCUUCAACGUGAACUUGGUUGGAUUCAUCUUCACAAGUUUGAUUCGGAGUCUCGAUUUCAUGGCGGCAUACUGGGCAAGAAUUAUGGAGCCUCAGCCAUGGAACAAUGCAGUCAGAAUGGAAGAUAUGCUUGCAUGCUGAAUCUGGAGCUGGUGGUGGACCCGGCCUGUCGUUCUGAGUUAUCUCCUCGAUGAGCCCUUGCAGUCCUGGCCCGGUGAAGUAGUUUCUAGGGUCUACUCCUGGUGGGACUAGCCUUUCUCUCGGCCUAUUUCCGUUUGCAGGGAUAUGGCCUGUUGGCCGGAGAAUAAUCCAGGUUCUGGGCCGGGCUAUAAUGCCGCUAUCUGGACCCCAACCGUCGUCUUCCUCCUCACCAAACGAAGGACCUCUCCUCCGGAACCAGCUUUGAUUUCCCACCUCUUCCGGCUCCCUAUGACGCCGUCUUCGCCGCCCAUGAACCCGUGUUUGGCCCAUAAUUGAGGCCCGUUCAUUCGGGCUGUCCUCUCCACGACGGUUUAGCCCAAGUGGAUGAUCCAGCAUGAGGGCCAAUGCUUCAAGAAUCCGGGCCUCCGGAGAGGGAUCGAACGCGGUGAAUUCAAGAACCGGUUGUGGCCUCGCCAUGUCGAUUUCGUAGAGAAAUUGGCCGAGGCACCGUGGGCAGAUGAUACUGGAUGGGUCCUCAGGCGCGAUCCUGACCGUCCGGUGGCACUGGUAACACCAGUAGAGAUUGGAGCUUCUCCCAUUGCCGUUGGCUCUUGGAGGGCUCAGAGACAUGAGUGUAUGUAAAUAUUACGUAGAAAAUGGCAAAAGAAUCUGAAAUUUCGAAGGAGAUGCAUGGCUUAUAUAUAUGGAAUAAGAGAGUAGUUCUAUAUAGGGGAAAAAGCAUGGCUUUUUGAAGCUGUAUGAAGAGAUUCCUACUUUGUUUCUGCUUGUUUAAAAAGUAAAGCAUCACACAGAGAACGGAAGUCCUCUUGUCUUGGUUAGCAAA